AUGUCGUGUGAUUUUCAUGGAAAUGAUUUGUCUAACGUCCUAAUUGCACCAGAAUUUUGUAGCGGAAAAUGUGGUGACACUCAAGGAUGCACUCACUUUACAUGGACUCAAUAUAAUGGUGGUACUUGUUGGAUGAAAUCGGGUGCAGUUUCCAAAAGUGAUGCCUUUUCAACCAGUAAUCCAACUAUGGUCUGUGGUGUAAUAAAUGAUGUUAAACAAGGUGGCAUCCAGUGGAACGGAAAUGAUUGGGCCAUGUCGUGUGAUUUUCGUGGAAAUGAUCUGUCCAACGUUCUAAUUGCAGCAAAUCUUUGUGGUGGAAAAUGUGCUGACACUCAACGAUGCACUCACUUUACAUGGACUCAAUAUAACGGUGGUACUUGUUGGAUGAAAUCGGGUGCAGUUUCCAAAAGCGAUGCCGUCUCAACGAGUGAUCCAACUAUGGUCUGUGGUGUAACGAAAAAUAGCCCAAUUGAACCACCCACAUCUGGCGUGAGUAAGAGAGGUAUUGCCUGGCCACCUGAAAAUAAGCAAGAUUCACCAAAUAUUUUUACUGGUGGAAAAAUCUCCUGGAUGUACAAUUGGUCGCCCUUCAAAAUCAAUGUGGCUGGUAUAGAAUUUGUUCCAAUGUUAUGGAGUACAAACAAAGGUCACGAUGGAAGUCAAUUUUACAAUCAAGCAAAAGGUGCGAAAAUCGUACUUGGUUUUAAUGAACCAGAGCGUGGUGAUCAAGCAAAUAUGAAUCCAGUGGAGGCAGCAAGUGCCUGGAAACAAUAUAUUGAACCUCUCAGAGCUCAAGGUGCUCGACUCGGUUCACCGGCCAUUGCCUCAACUGAUCAAGGACUCAAUUGGUUGAAACAAUUUCUCAACGAAUUGGAUAAAGUGGGUGGAAAAAUUGAUUUUCUUGCUCUGCACUGGUAUGGUCGUGGUGUGGACAACUUCAUUAAUUGGAUUACCAAAGUUCGUGGAGAAUUAGGUAAUAAAUAUCCAGUCUGGGUCACAGAAUUUGCAUGCACAUCUUGGAAUCCAAGUCAGCCAGUUUCUCAACAAGAAGUCAAUGAUUUUAUGAGACAGAGCGUUGCUAAAUUGGAUUCGUUGAAUUGGGUAGAACGCUAUGCGUGGUUCGGUGCACAACGGCAAUUGGAUCCUGCACUUGGUUCGACUAAUUGCUUGAUUGCACCUAAUGGACAAUUGUCUGCAUUAGGUCAACAAUAUGUUUACGGUCUUUAA